AUGCCAGAGACAUUCGAUGUAGAGCAUGUCCUAGCGAACAUAAGCGAGCAGGACAAGAUCGCUCUUUUAUCCGGAAUUGAUUUCUGGCACACACAUCCUAUCCCCGAAUUCAACGUUCCCUCGAUUCGCGCCACCGACGGUCCCAAUGGUAUCCGGGGCACGAAAUUCUUUGCCGGCAUCCCCGCAGCAUGUUUACCCUGUGGCACAGCUCUGGGUGCCACCUGGGACCGAGAUCUGAUAUACCAAGCGGGCAAGCUACUGGGAGACGAAUGCAUCGCGAAAGGAGCGCAAUGUUGGCUAGGUCCAACAAUCAACAUGCAGCGUGCUCCUCUCGGUGGCCGCGGGUUCGAAUCUUUUGCGGAAGAUCCUCAUCUCUCGGGUAUUCUGGCCAAAUCAAUCAUCCUCGGAUGUGAAAGCAAAGGGGUCGUUUCUUCGGUUAAGCAUUUUGUGGGCAACGACCAGGAACAUGAGCGCCGUGCAGUGGAUGUCCUUGUCACCCAGCGAGCCUUGCGCGAGAUCUACCUAAGACCGUUCCAGAUUGUGGCGAGAGAUGCGAAACCCGGCGCACUCAUGACCUCAUAUAAUAAGAUCAAUGGGAAGCAUGUGGUGGAAGGUCCACAGAUGCUCAAUCUGAUCCGCGAGGAGUGGAAGUGGAAUCCGCUGGUCAUGAGCGACUGGUACGGGACCUACACAACCAUCGAUUCCAUGAAUGCGGGCCUCGACCUGGAAAUGCCGGGGGUAUCUAGAUAUCGGGGAAAGUUUAUUGAGUCCGCUGUGCAGGCUCGAUUGAUCAAGCAAUCGACUAUAGAUGCACGAGCACGAAAGGUGUUGGAAUUCGUGAAGCAAGCGAGUCAAGUCCAAGUGUCAGAAGUGGAGCGAGGACGGGAUUCCCCAGAGGAUAGAGCGUUGAAUCGCAAAAUCUGUGCGAAUAGCAUCGUCCUACUCAAGAACGAAGACAUCUUGCCCCUUCCAAGGGAGAUCAAAAAGAUCGCCCUAAUCGGAUCUCAUAUGAAGACUCCCGCAAUAUCGGGUGGUGGCAGUGCGUCGCUUGAGCCAUAUUACUCUGUUUCAUUAUACGAUGCCUGUAGGGAAGCACUUCCCAACGCGGAGGUGCUCUAUGAAGCGGGUGCCUACGCCCAUAGGAUGCUCCCCGUGAUAGACCGUCUCCUGAGAAAUGCUGUCAUUCAGUUCUACAACGAACCGAUGGGAAAGGAACGGAGUUUGAUCAGCACUGAGCCUGUAUCGGUGACGGCCUUCCAAUUUAUGGACUACUAUGCUCCAGGCCUCAACCGUGGGCUUUUCUGGGCCACACUGAUUGGAGACUUCACACCCGACGCCUCCGGGCUUUGGGAUUUUGGCCUGAGUGUUUUUGGUACCGCAAACCUCUACAUUGACGACGAAAUGGUGAUCGAUAACACUACGAGUCAGACGCGCGGAACGGCAUUCUUCGGCAAAGGAACCGUUGAGGAGCUGGGAUCGAAGGAGUUAGUUGCUGGGACUACAUACAAAAUUCGGAUUGAAUUCGGCUCUGCCAACACUACCACAAUGAAAACGGUGGGAAUGGUAAAUUUCGGUGGCGGCGCCGCAAAUCUGGGGGCCUGUCUACACAUGAACCGGGAUGAAAUGAUCGAGAAUGCCGUGAAAGCUGCCGCAGAGGCUGACUAUACCAUUCUUUGCACCGGGCUCAACAAGGACUGGGAAUCUGAAGGGUUCGAUCGUACACAUAUGGAUCUGCCACAGGGAGUUGAUCGGUUGAUCUCAAAGGUGUUGAAGGCCGCCGCAGACAAGACCGUCAUCGUGAAUCAGUCCGGUACACCAGUCACCAUGCCGUGGGCUGAUGAGGCCCGGUGCAUCGUGCAGGCCUGGUAUGGAGGUAACGAGACGGGUCAUGGAAUUGCCGAUGUCCUCUUCGGAGAGGUCAAUCCAUGCGCAAAGCUGCCCUUGUCCUGGCCGGUGGACGUGAAACACAACCCGGCCUACCUGAACUACGCCAGUGUGGGUGGCCGGGUGCUGUAUGGCGAGGACAUCUAUGUAGGUUAUCGAUUUUACGAGAAGACCGGACGAGAAGUCCUCUUUCCCUUUGGUCACGGUUUGUCAUACACGACCUUCAAGGUUUCACCGAGUGUUACUGUCGCCCCGGAGAUCUUCAGCAUGGACCGUCCUGCGGUCGCCACCGUACAAAUCAAAAAUAUAGGCAAGCUAGCGGGCGCCCAGGUUCUCCAACUGUACAUCUCUGCCCCCGAAUCCCCAACCCCGCGCCCAAACAAGGAACUACACGGUUUCGAAAAAGUAUUCCUGCAGCCUGGGGAAGAAAAAACGAUUGACAUCCAGCUCGACCGAUAUGCGACCAGCUUCUGGGACGAAAUCGAGGACAUGUGGAAGAGCGAGCAAGGGACGUAUGAAGUGUUGAUUGCAACCUCUAGCCAGGAAGUGGUGGCCCGAGGCAAGUUCCAAGUGGAUCACACCACACAUUGGCGGGGACUCUAUCUAAAUACAUGGGGCGCAAGAAUCCUAGACGCAGUAGAACGUCAAGGGAGGCUUCUGUCAGAGAGCCUGCCUUUGAACCAGGGGCCUCCUCUUUUUUCAAAACAGGCGUCGCCAUCCCCAGUGGACGAAGUAGAUCCCGAGGCAAUUUCACGCAAUGAUGCACCCAAAACGCCUAUUACUGGGUCGGACAUGAUUCUUAGCUGGCCUAUUUUUCCGAAAGAGAAGCCUGUGUCGACUUUUCCAAUGGCAGCGUAUUCCGAGAAACCAGAUCCCUUUCAGACGGCUCUACCGAGCUUAGAUCCCCAAAGGCUCCUCGAACUACGCGAGAUCUUCAUGACCAAGAUUUGGACGAAGAACCCGAUCGUUGACCCGGAGCAGCUGGACUUUUAUAUCGCUCAAGUGCUGGAAAAUGGCAUUGACUGGUCAGCCUCGUCGUGCUUGGUGCUACUUAUCUUUGCUCUUGCGGCCAUCUGGGGGAAUUACCCUGAUGACGAAACUCGUGAGGUGUCGUACAAUGAACCAUCAUUUAGUCCACCGGUCACUUACAUGACGAUGUUGGUUCCGGAGCACCGAAUGAAGGAAUCGUUGGCCUUCCUCUCCAUGGCGCGUAAACGCAUCUCCACUGCGUAUCUCGACGAUACUUUACUGGGUGUGCAAUGUUUCUGUAUAUUCGGAAUCUGGUAUCAGUAUAACAUCGAACCGAUCCCGGGUUGGAAAAUGUUUCGGACAGCAUCCAUGCUGUGGCAAACAUAUCGUUUGAAGCACCGCGAGGGAAAGACGAUGAGAAGUGCGCAGGAAGAAAGUAGUGAGGUUCGAUAUGAACUUACAGAUCUCCCGCCUUGCGAUCUCAGUCUCUCUGACUUUCCCCAUUCUCUCCCGAGCUUCCCCAUGAGACAGCCAUCUAAUGAGACCCCUGGGUCGAUGUUUUCCAGUCCCUCGUCUACAGACCUCGAAGCAGCAUCUUCCUACUAUUACCUGGCCGAGAUCUUCUUGCGCAGGCUUCUCAACCGGGCCCGCAAUGCGGUCCGCGUGCUCUCUCCAGAUAUCGAUCUGCCGACCAUCAAGGUUCUGGCAGAAACUCUCACGCAGCUGGAAGGUCAACUCCAGCAGUGGAUAGACUGUCUCCCACAUACACUCCGGUUCAAUAUGCCUCUCGAAUCCGCCCCCGGACCGAAGGAAGGUGAGCUCAUGAAGCUAAGCCGUGAGCGAUACGUGGAGGUGCGCGAACUGCUCUGCCGCGCAUAUCUAUACUUGUGCAUCCAUGUACCACUUGACCCAGGGAUGGCGGCACUGUACGGGGUCAAAGCAAGCGAGGCGCUACUUCUGGCAAUUUAUCGCAUCCAGACCGAGGUGCCAUUCUUCCGGCAUCCGGGGUCAUGGGGAGCAUGUCGAGUUCGGUUCAACCAUGCGCUUUGCCUGAUUGCGGGAUUCCGCGCAAAGCUAAAACAGCGCCCGUCGGCUGAAUAUGUGAGCAUUCCUCCCGACUGGGCGGAUUAUGUGCGGGUGGUGAUUGAGCGGUUGAAGAUCUGGGGCGAGGAGGGUGGCGGGAUCAAAGAGUUAAGUGUGCUGCUGGAGUGGCUGAUGCAUGGCAAUUUGGAAUUUUAG